ACACAAGAGUGGCUUCAUUGGGCAUAAAUUCCCUCUUUGAGAACUUCAGCCUCAUUGUUAAGACUUUUGGGGAAAAAUCUUUGUGAACUAAAAAGGGUAGAGGUGUCACACCCAGCUAUGAAGACCAGUAUCCUGCUUAUGUUACUUUGGGGAUUGUCCUGUGCUCUUCCAGUCCCGGUAGCCAGGUAUCAAAAUACUGAAUCUGAGAGCUCUGAAGAAUGGAAGGGACAGUUGGCUCAGACACCAACACCACCUUUGGAGAGCAGUGAGUCAUCAGAAGAAAGUAAAGUUAGCUCAGAGGAACAGGAAAAUGAAGACCCCAGUGACAGCGCUGAAUCAGAAGAGGGCUUUGAUGAUCAUCAAUAUACACAUAGACCAGCUGGUGGCCUUUCUAGGAAUGGAGGAAAAGAAGGAGCCGAUGAUGAUGAAGAUGAUAGUGGUGAUGACACUUUUGGUGAUGAUGACAAUGGCCCCGGACCUGAAGAGAGACAAGGAGGAAACUCCAGACUCAAAAGUAAUGAGGACUCAGCCGACACCACACAAUCUAGGGAAGACAGUGCCCUGCAAGGGGAAGACAGUGGCCAAGAUACCACCAGUGAGAGCAGAGACCUUGACAAUGAGGAUGAGGUGAACAGCAGGUCUGAGAGAGGUGACUCUGCUCGAGAGAGUGAGAGUGAGGAGCACUGGGUGGGAGGUGACAGUGAAGGGGAUAGUAGCCAUGGGGAUGGCUCCGAGUUUGGUGAUGAAGAAAUGCAGAAUGAUGAUCCAGACGUUAUCAGGAGUGACAGAAGUAACUCCAGAAUGAACAGUGCUAGUGUCAAAUCAGAAGAAUCAAAAGGAAACAGUGAUGAGCAAGCAAGCACUCAGGAUUCAGGUGAUAGCCAAUCAGUAGAAUAUUCUAGGAGGAAAAUUUUCAGAAAGUCCCGCAUUUCUGAGGAAGACGAUAUAGGUGAGUUUGAUGAUAGCAACACAAUGGAAGAAAUCCAGAGUGACUCAACAGAAAACACCAACUCUAAAGAAGCUGGUCUCAGUCAAUCCAGGGAAAACAGCGAGAGUGAAUCUCUAGAAGAGAGUGAGGAAAAUCAGUCCCAAGAAGACAGUCAAGAUGUACAAGACCCCAGUAGUGAGUCUAGUCAAGAGGAUGAUCUGCCAUCUCAGGAAAACAGUAGUGAAUCUCAGGAAGAAGUAGUGAGUGAGUCCAGGGGUGACAACCCAGAUAAUACCACCAGUCACUCAGAAGAUCAGGAAGAUAGUGAUUCCAGUGAAGAGAACAGCUUGAAUAAACCCUCCAGUUCAGAAAGUGAAUCCACAGAGGAGCAAGCUGACAGUGAAUCCAAUGAAAGCCUCAAAGACUCAGAGGAAAGCCCAGAGUCCACUGAGGAGGAGAACAGUUCUAGCCAGGAGAGCCAGUCUCACAGUGCCUCAGCAGAAAGCCAGAGUGAAGAAAGCCAGUCUGAGCAAGACAGUCAGUCUGAGGAAGAUGAUGCCAGUGAUUCUCAGGACAGCAGCAAAUCAAAAGAAGACAGCAACUCUACUGAGAGCAAAUCAAGCAGUGAGGAAGAUGGCCAGUCAAAAAACACUGAGAUAGAAAGCAGAAAAUUAACGGUUGAUACUUAUCACAACAAACCCAUUGGGGAUCAAGAUGACAAUGACUGCCAAGACGGCUACUAG